AUGCCAUAUCCAUAUCCAACUCUCACUGAGGAUGUCCCAGAAGGACGUGGCAACUGGGUCGGUACCAGGAAGUACAACGAGUGGAUGCAAGAGGAGUUGCAGCUGAUUUGGUUGCUGGGAUACACGCAUCCAGAGUUGUUGGCGGAUGUGUUGGACGUACGUCUUGCCCUUGGAGAUCACGUUUACCUGCGAAACCUUGCUAACACUGCAUGCGACUGUCAGAAGAAGAACAUCAUGUAUGUGGAGUGUAAUCAGAGCGACCAGAUCCUGUACAAGCCAUUCGAUCCCCUGUUUCAGCUGAAGGAGCCUCGACGCUAUGCCCUUUACAUCUGGUCCAUCGGAAUACCGGUGUACGACCCCAACGUGGUGCCUCUUACCAAUAUCACCAUCAUCUGGCACCCCGACAGACCUGCACCUCGAGACAUCGCUGUCUUCUCGUUAGGCGAUGCCGAUCCGAUAUACUUCCCCAACCGUUUGCCUCGCGACCACCUCAGUGAGGUGUAUCGGAUCUUCUCCGAACACGCCCGAAACAAAUGGAUGCCAGCCUGGAUCAACGGAACUUUGAUCAUAUCUGAGAUGGUUGCAGUCCUUACAGACCUUCAAUACUCAGUCGAAGUCGUAACGCAGCAGCUUAUAGCUGUGAUACUUGCCUGGAGAAACGAACCAGGUUGGGGGGUCCAAAAUCUCGUUCCAGUUGACCUUAAUGGUCGCGAUUCCGGGUUUCACGGUCAGGGACGUCCAGUCUGGAUGCCGAACUACGGGUACCUAUCGUAUGCGAAUCUCUCGAUGCAAUCAAUGAGAGCCAUCUCAGAAAGAUCACGUAGAUAG